AUGCAACGUGCUGGUCGCGCUGGUCGUGAUAAGCCUGGAAAGUGUUUGCGGAGAUCCCUAAUCUCGUGUACGAAAAAGUCUGCCUUGCAUGACUGGACUUGUCUUUUUGUUCGAAUGUAUCAGCCUAUUACUCUGACCAAGUCAUACAAGCCGGAGCGAAUCACUUUUAUUUUUUUAUCAUCCAUCGCACUGCUUCCGUCACUCCUUUCAACUCUAGCAUUAGAAGCAGCUGCGGAUAUGUGGAGCAUCAAAGUCCCACUCUAA